AACAAUCAGUUCAUUUGCAUUGUGUGCAAGCUUUCAGUUUUGUUUCUUCAUCUCCCCAAACUCUUCUCAAAGUUGUAAACCUUUAUCGAAGCAGAUUUAAGAAAAAAAAGAAUCAACCUCGCUAAGAAUGAAGAUGAAGUUGGCUGUCAUUCAAUUCUUCAUUAUCUCUCUUCUCCUCUCAUCUUCUUUGUUUAUGCUUUCAGACGCAGAUUCGUCACAAUGCAAUGGAAAAUGCAAUGCGAGAUGCUCAAAGGCCGGAAGACAAGAUCGGUGUCUCGAGUAUUGCAAUAUAUGUUGCGAGAAGUGUGAUGAUCAUUGUGUUCCCUCAGGCACUUAUGGAAACAAAGAUGAGUGUCCUUGUUACCGCGAUAUGAGGAACUCCAAAGGCCAACCCAAAUGUCCUUGAACAUGUCUGGAAGAUCAUUCUCUCAUAGACACCAUAUCUUUAUAAACCACAUAAAUAUUUACAAUUGUUGUUAAAACAUGAAAUAAUGAGUUCUAUAUAUUCAUAUGUAUGAUGAUGUGAAAACACUUGACAAUAAACGAAAUCAUUUUAAUUAACUAAA